AUGACAGGCCUACUGGACGGAGGCCAUGUUUCUAAAAAGCGGAAGAAGGAUGCUUCAGAGCACAAGGCGCAAUCAUCCAAGCGGAGAGCUGUUGCAGACGAUGUUGAGGAAAAGGGAAGAAUAGAACAGCUGGAGAACCAGAUAGCAGAGUCGCGGAAAUACUAUAACAAUAUUGUGACAUUGCUGUCUCUUUUUAUCACAGAAGAUGCUACCAAAUCACCCAAUCUUACUGCAGCGCUCUCGCUGUGCAGGGUAUUCUGCCGGUUAAUAGCCGGAGGGCAAUUCAACAAAUCCAAAGGUGCAAGUGAGCAGGAUUUGAUAUUGGUUGCUUGGUUGAAGGAGAGGUAUCAGGAGUAUCAGCAUGGCUUGAUUACUGUUCUGAAAAGGGCAGAUCCAUCAGCUCAAAUUGCAGCGCUCGCGCUUUGCAUGCGCCUAGUUAAAGAACAAUCCGUUAACGGAGGAGCUGGAGCUGAGAUAGGCGUAUGGAAGGGAGGCUAUUUCAGUGACUUAAUUGUCGCCCUCAUUGAAACGCAAGAUGGAGAUCCGGUGCGGUCUGAGUUCGUCAAAACGUUCCUGAACAAAUACCACGAUGUCGCAUUUUAUACUCUUCUUCAUCUUUCAGAUUAUGCAUCAAGCCAAAAAUCCACCCAAUUCCUCGACGUUGUCAUAUCACUCCUAUCAGCCCUCGGUCAGCCUCCAUCACCAGACCACGAGUUCGAGAACUUCUAUUGCGGCCUGUCCAGCGUCGGCCAAAAGCACAAAUCCACUCUUCUCUCCAUCUCUUCCUACAAACAGCGCGUACAAGCCGCCUGGCUUGCCGUUUUGCGCAAUAAUACUCUCAACGAGUCCCAACGCAAAACUCUCCUACGGAUGAUGUCCCACGCCAUAGCCCCUUGGUUCCUCAAACCAGAGAUGCUCAUGGACUUCCUUACAGACUCCUACGACCAUGGCGGUUCAACCUCCCUCCUCGCACUCUCAGGCCUCUUUUACUUAAUCCAAGAAAAGAACCUUGACUACCCCCAAUUCUACCCAAAACUCUACUCCCUCCUAGACGCGAAUCUGCUCCACUUCAAGCAUCGCUCCCGCUUCUUUCGCCUGCUGGACACUUUCCUCUCCUCCUCCCACCUCCCUGCAACACUUGUCGCCAGCUUUAUAAAGCGACUAUCCCGACUCGCGCUCAACGCACCACCAGCCGCCAUCGUCGUGAUUGUUCCUUGGAUUUACAACCUGCUGAAGUCUCACCCAACCUGCACGUUUAUGCUGCAUCGGGUCAUGCGCGAUGACUUGCAGUCAAACCUGCAAACGCACGGCAUGCCCGACCCCUUCGACCCACUAGAACCAGAUCCGACUCAGACCGGCGCGCUAGAAAGCAGUCUCUGGGAAAUCCAAACUCUGCAAUCGCAUUACCAUCCCAACGUGGCUUCGCUGGCAAAGAUCAUCUCAGAGCAGUUUACGAAGCAGGCGUAUAACUUGGAGGAUUUCUUGGAUCAUUCCUAUCAGGGAAUGGUGGAGAUCGAGUUAGGGAAGGAGGAGAGAGAGUUGAAGAAAGUGCCUGUGGUGGAGUUUCAGAUUCCGAAGAGGAUUUUCACGGAUCGGCUGUUGGAGGAGGAUGGAGGGGUUGAUGGGGAGGCUGGAGCGUUGGUGAGGAGGUUGUGGGAUUUUAACUGA